CCCCCGCACCAAUAAAUGCCCGGCUCCGGGGACACGGGGAAUGCUACUCGGUGGUCCCCGGCGCAGGAAGGGUUAAGCCACCCUCUCCCCACCCCCAAAAAGGCGCGGGUAGAGUCCGGCAGAAGGUCCUGUUUACGGGAGCUGCCCGGGUCCGCGCGGCCCUGGGAGGCGUUGCCUUGGCGACGAGCCGGGCGCCCGCCAGCUGCGGAUGAGCUCACCGCGCGGGCCGGGCGGGGCGGCGGUGGGGGGCGGCGGCGCCCGCCCAGCAGCCUGCACUCGCUCGCAGCGGCGGCCGGGCGGCGGGACGCGAGCGCGGAGGCCCGGCCCAGCCCAGAGCGGGGGGCUGCGGGCCAUGGCGCCCCCGGCCCCAGCCGCCCGCCGCCCCCGCUCGCCCGGGCGUCCCCGAGCUGCACCUGGGAGCCCGCGGAGCCGCGGCCCGAGAGGCGACUUGCAGCUCCUCUUGGUGCUGACAUGAUGACAGUGUGGAGGCCGGCCAAGGGCAGCCACAGCCAGACUGAAAACCUAAGCUACAAAUUGGCUGACAAGGUCAAGGUGGAAGGUCCAAAGGCUGGGGAAGACCGUGGAAGGAAGCCGUUUAGGUCCUCCUUCCCUUUCCUAGAGACUGAUCCGGAUUCGCCCUUCAGAAGAAGCCCACUGGCAAGUCUCAGUAACCUGGAGCUAGAGUCACGAGUGGACUGUUUCCAGCAGAACAUGUUCAACUCAAAUAUGAUCAUCAGUGACCCAGCCUCAGACCUUGGUGCUAAAGAAGCCAGCAGGGCCAGCAAGUGGCAGUUUAGUGGUGUUCAGAACCCCUGCCCUCCUGCCCGAGGUGGGGUCCGGCACAAGCCCCUCAGCAUAAAGGACAAGAUAUCAGAAUGGGAAGGGAAAAGGGAGCUGCCCCCUCCCACACCUGGAAGGAAAGCAGAUGGGCCAGCGGAUUACCUGACGUCCUGUGAGGUGGGGAGCGGACGCAGUGAUGGUGUGAGAGCUCAGGCCACGGAGGCUCAGGACGGGGGCAGGCCGGGAACAGAGAACCAGGAGAAUGAGAGGAAUAGAGGGGCAGUGACAGGUGGCGGACGGGACGCCGAGCGGAGGCACGACCGCAGCCCACCAGACAGGGUGCUGGCGUCGAGCUUGGGCAGAGCCCAGGAGCCCAGGCUUGGCAAACAGCGCUUCCAGAAUGACAGCCUCUCGGUGCUGAAGCAGGUCAAGAAGCUUGAGCAGGCGCUGAGGGACGGGUCAGCAGGGUUGAAUCCCCAGUUACCAGGGACUUGUUACUCCCCACACUGCCUGCCGGACAAGGCUGAGGAGCGACCCACCCUUGCUGAGAACCAUGGGGGCGGCAGUGGCUCAGAAUUCAGGUCCCACCACGUGGAGCUGGAGGCCCGGGCGCCUGCCGCUGGGGCUGCAGAGGAAGAGAAGGGCCUAUGCGGGAGGCCCAGGGAGCAGGGGCUGGAGGGUGUGUACCGGGGCUGGGAGGGCUGCCCUCCGAAACCCUUCAUCAACCCCCUGCCCAAGCCCCGGAGAACGUUCACACACGACGGAGAAGGGGACGAGGACAGGAGCCCAGGCGUCAGCUUGAGGAAGGAUAAAAGGGACCUACCUCCUCUGCCCUCCCUACCUCCCCCGCCCCUGCCCUCCUCCCCACCGCCUUCCUCAGUGAACAGAAGACUGUGGAGUGGGCGACCGAAACCCAGCGCUGACCACAGAAAGUCCUAUGAGUUUGAAGACCUACUGCAGUCUUCCUCUGAGAACAGCAGGGUGGACUGGUACGCGCAGACGAAGUUGGGGCUCACACGCACUUUAUCGGAGGAAAACGUCUAUGAAGACAUUCUAGACCCACCAGUGAAGGAAAACCCUUAUGAGGACGUUGAGUUACACGGUCGCUGCCUGGGGAAGAAGUGUGUCUUGAGCUUCCCUGGUUCGCCCACCUCUUCCAUCCCUGACACACCCACCAAGCCAUUGUCCAAACCUGUUUUUUUCCGGCAAAAUUCAGAGAGGAGGAACUUCAAACUGCUGGACACUAGGAAGCUGAGUAGGGAUGGAACUGGGUCCCCUUCCAAAAUCAGCCCUCCCUCUACCCCCAGCAGCCCUGAUGACACUUUAUUUAACCUUGGAGACCCACAGAAUGGCAGGAAGAAGAGAAAGAUACCCAAGCUGGUGUUGCGAAUCAAUGCCAUUUAUGAGGCCCGGAGAGGAAAGAAACGGGUGAAGAGGCUGUCCCAGUCAACGGAGAGUAACUCAGGAAAAGUGACAGAUGAGAACAGUGAGUCUGACAGUGACACCGAGGAGAAGCUGAAAGCUCACAGCCAGCGCCUGGUCAACGUGAAGUCACGCCUGAAGCAGGCACCGAGGUACCCGUCACUGGACCGGGAGCUCAUCGAGUACCAGGAGAGGCAGCUCUUCGAGUACUUCGUGGUCGUGUCAUUGCACAAGAAGCAGGCCGGCGCCGCGUACGUGCCCGAGCUCACCCAGCAGUUCCCUGUCAAGUUGGAAAGGUCUUUCAAGCUCAUGAGAGAGGCCGAGGACCAGCUGAAGGCUAUCCCCCAAUUCUGUUUUCCCGAUGCCAAGGAUUGGACUCCUGUCCAGCAGUUUACCAGUGAAACAUUCUCAUUUGUCUUAACUGGAGAAGAUGGAAGUAGAAGGUUUGGGUACUGCCGCAGACUGCUGCCUGGUGGCAAAGGGAAGCGCCUGCCUGAAGUGUACUGCAUCGUGAGCCGCCUGGGAUGCUUCACCCUCUUCUCAAGGAUCUUGGAUGAGGUGGAAAAACGGCGAGGCAUCUCUCCAGCCCUGGUACAGCCCCUCAUGAGGAGUGUCAUGGAAGCCCCUUUCCCAGCCCUGGGUAAAACCAUCAUUGUCAAGAACUUCUUGCCAGGAUCAGGAACUGAGGUGAUUGAACUGUGCCGCCCACUGGAUUCCCGGCUCGAACACGUGGACUUCGAGUCUCUCUUCUCCUCUCUCAGUGUCCGCCACCUGCUGUGUGUAUUUGCCUCCCUGCUUCUGGAAAGGAGAGUCAUCUUCAUUGCAGACAAGCUCAGCACGCUGUCCAAGUGCUGCCAUGCGAUGGUGGCAGUCAUCUACCCCUUCACCUGGCAGCACACCUACAUCCCUGUGCUGCCGCCCGCCAUGAUCGACAUCGUGUGCUCGCCCACCCCCUUCCUCAUCGGGCUGCUCACCAGCUCGCUGCCACUGCUCAGGGAGCUGCCACUGGAGGAGAAACCUGAUGACGUCAUAGACCUCUUCCACAUCUUGCAGGUCCUCGUGGUUGACCUCGUCAACAAUCGGUUCCUCAGACAGGUGAGUGAGAAGCCUGGCUUCACCCUGAUGCUCUCUCUGUUUUCACCUCUUUGUUCUUUGGGACAUAGAUUUCCAGCUCCUGAAAGGUUCCUUAGUGGGACUGAGACUGCAAAACAGGCUGGCAGGCUUGGGCGACUGAGGGUAAGACAGAAGGCAGGGGUCAAAGAGGACGGGUUUGGCAAAGGAUCUGUUCCCAUGUGUUUUGUCACAAAAUGGAUCUAACAGGAUCUGUGUAUA